GGAGACCCCGCCUCAGUCAUAUUUAUUAUGAAUGAUCUCCCGAAUUUCCCCCUACCCCGGACUCUUCGACCAGAACACUCACGACCGCAUCCUUCUCUACUCUCGGGCAGCUAGGUUAGAAACAGCCGCAAAGAUGACGCUGGAAGACCUUCCCAAUGAGCUGCUGCUGCUCAUCGCAGCCUAUAAUGACAACCACGGCGACACCCUCAGCCUCGCGCAAUGCUGCCGCCGAUUCUACUCCCUCCUGCGCCAGGAGAUAUACACCUCAAUCGACUUCACCUACCUGUGUCCCUGGGCCCUCAGCCGAUUGACCCACACCGUCAUCGAGCACCCAGAGCUCGCCCAGAGCGUCCGCAAGCUCUCAAUGGGCGUCCGCAACGGGUACUGCCCAAAGUCGCACCGACCAAACACCAAAUACAACGCGGCAACGCUGCUCCCCGCCGUGAGCGCAGCCGCGCACACCCCGGACGAACAGCAAACCUGGCAAAAGGCCCUCCAAUGCGGCCAGAUCGACCCCUGGACAGCCCUCCUCCUCCCCCUCUUACCGAACCUCUCCCAACUCAAGCUCAAACUCGACUACCCAGCCAGCUACCUCAACCGGAUGCUCGAGCGAGCCGUGCGGGGCCAAAAACCCUUCGACACAACACCGCCCUUCCCCGCCCUCGAGCAAGUCUCCGCCACCUGGCACGACCACGAAAACGGCAUCUUCUCGUCACGACUCCUCCCCUUCUUCUCCUUUCCGGCCAUGCGCCGCUUCCAGGGCCACAUGGUCGUCGAAGACCACAUCGCGGGCCCCGCCCCCGAGCUCCUCAAGCGCCGCGAGUUCUCCGGCGUCACGGAUAUCGAUUUGACGGCCGCGCACGCCGAGCAGGGCCUCGGAUACUUGCUGCGGGCGUGUCGCGGGCUCAAGUCGUUCCGGUAUGUGCACGCGCACGCGAGCAUCUCGCUCAAGGACUUCAAUCCGACGCGGUUCCACCGCGCGCUGGAACCGCACCGUGAGACGCUUGAGAGGCUGGAGUUCCGGCUGGAUGACGGCUUCGGAUGGGGGUCGACGGGGUCGGAGCGCGAGGAUGACUUUUUUGGGCCCUUGGCGGGGUUUACCGCGCUGAGGGAGGUCGCGCUGCGGGCGGCGAAUAUUGUCGAUUGGAGUAAGGGUGAUGAAGGGUCUGUUGGGGCGUUGGCGGGGAAUCUGCCCCGCGCGUUGAGGGUGCUUGCGCUGGAUCAGUUCGACCAGUGUGACAUGGGCGCUAUGGUGGCGCAGUUGGAGAAUCUGGUCGGCUGUGCCAAGAACAGGUUCCCUGAUCUGGGGGUGAUUGAUAUCCAGGGCGAUUUGCACGACGCGGGUGGUGGGGGCAGGUCGAUGAAGGAGGAGGUGAUCGGUGUGACGGAGAGGUUGAGGGGCUUGUGCUCUGAGGCCGGCAUUGAUUGUCGCUGGUGGAACCGCGAGGGUGGUUAUACUUAUGCUUUUUUCCCACCCGCCCUCUCCAAUACGACGUCGUCCCCGGAUCAGGCAACUCCACCACCCUCCCACCCCCAUCUCAAAACACCUACCCAUCCCAACAACUCCUUCACAUCUUCAAUCUCAAGUCCUCACAGUAUGGUUUUCUACAACCUCGUCUUCUACCGCGGUGACCACUGGCACGAAAGCAACAAACCCAAUGGCGGCCGCGACAACCGCUACCUACUCAUCGCAUCAACGCGCUCCAAAGCGGACCUCCUCUACCGCGUCCUCCAAGAAAACAAGUCCAUAACAGGAGGGCGCAAAUUCCACGAACUGAAGCGCCUCUCGCCGCAGAUGUGGUCGUGGUGCGGCGACGGGCCGAAGGCACUCUACGACGCUAUCGAGAAGAUCAAUAUCGGCACGGCGGAGGUUGCACCCCAGGAGACGAAGGAGAUCGUGUUGGCUGAGCUGCGCGGACAUGUCUUCUUUCAGUUUCUAGAUGCGUGGGAUACGCUGCCGUUGGGGUUUCCUGUUUUGAGGGCUGAUGAGGGGGGUGUUGCAGAUCGGGUGAAUGGGGGGAGGUUCUGCGUGAGGAGUCGGCGGUGGCCGGGGCGGUUUUGGGCAGUGCAUCGGGGGUCAAAUUUUUGUGCGAUCGUUGUUUCUGAGUGGGAGAGGGCGGUGUUUAGGGUUUGGAUUGAGGGGGUGGAGAGGGAUGGAGCGGAGAAGGAGGGGGUGGGGGGUUGUUGA